UAUAACGUAUGGGUGGACUGGAGAGAGAUUUGUUAGCUUGCUUGGGUGGGCAGUAUUUACGUAGUAAAACGAAGGGCCGCUAAUUUAUACUCUGACCCAGUCGUGCAGACUUUCUUUGACUGUUCAGUUCGGAGAUAACCAGUUGAAAUUCUGUGUGUACGUAGAUAAUAGAAAAUGAACCACAGCGGGUCCAGCAACUCCAGCGGAAAGACAUUCCUGUUCACAUCCGAAUCUGUAGGGGAAGGGCAUUCGGAUAAGAUGUGUGACCAGAUCAGCGAUGCUGUGCUUGAUGCCCACCUGGCUCAGGACCCGGACUCAAAAGUGGCCUGUGAAUGUGUGGCGAAGACUGGCAUGAUCUUACUGUGUGGGGAGAUCUCAUCAAAAGCAGAUGUGGAUAUCCCGACAGUGGUUAGAAAUACUGUUAAAAGUAUUGGAUAUGAUGAUUCAUCCAAAGGUUUUGAUUAUAAGACCUGCAAUGUCCUUCUGGCCCUUGAACCCCAGUGCCCGGAGAUCACUGACUGUGUGUUUGAGGGCAGGAGUGAGGAGGACAUUGGUGCUGGAGACCAAGGUCUGAUGUUUGGCUAUGCCACUGAUGAAACAGAGGAGUGCAUACCAUUAACCAUUCUCCUUUCUCAUAAGCUCAAUGCAAAGAUGAAGGAGCUGUAUUGCAAUGGGGUAUGCCCCUGGAUAAGACCAGACUCAAAAACACAGGUGACAGUGGAAUACCGGGACAAUAUGGGCGCCAUGGAGCCAGUGCGCGUCCAUACGGUGGUCAUAUCAGUCCAGCACAGCAUUGACGUCAGUCUGCAGGAGAUCCGCUGCGCCCUGAUGGAGAAGGUGAUUCGACCAGUGAUCCCAGCCAAGUAUCUGGAUGACAGAACCAUCUAUCACCUUCUGCCCAGUGGGAAGUUCCUCUUGGGGGGUCCACAGGGCGAUGCAGGACUUACAGGGCGGAAGAUAAUUGUGGACACGUAUGGUGGCUGGGGUGGCCAUGGGGGGGGUGCGUUCUCUGGGAAGGACUGCUCGAAAGUGGACCGCUCUGGAGCGUAUGCAGCCCGCUGGGUGGCCAAGUCCCUUGUUAAGGCCAAGCUUUGCAGGAGAGUUCUGGUCCAGAUAUCCUACGCCAUCAGUGUGAGCCACCCCCUGUCUAUUUCUGUGUUCCACUAUGGUACAUCUGCAAAGGACGAAGAUGAGCUACUGCAAAUUGUGCAGAAUAAUUUUGACCUGCGUCCAGGAGCCAUAUUGAGGGAACUCGAUUUGAAAAAGCCGAUCUACCAGAAAACAGCCUGUUAUGGACACUUUGGAAGAGAGGAAUUUCCUUGGGAGAAGCCAAAGCCUCUGAAGUUUUGACACUAUGGAUGAUUGAGAAAUAGAUGACUGAGAAAUAGAUCAGUGUUGACUUUGUAAUAGUCAUUCAUUCCAUAUUUUAUUGGAUGAUGUACGUAUGCAGCUAUGCAUCUCUUUUCCAACAAUAUUAAUUUAUGUAUAAUGAUCUGUAAUUAAUUUUCAGUGGAAUUUAUAUUAUUUGGUACUGCUAAAAUGUGCAAUCAUUUUGAGAAAUAUAAACUGUGUACACAUGGCAACUUUACUUUUUUACUGAUUCAUACUCAAGUAAGAAAUAAAGUAUUAUUUUAUACUGGAAACUGCAUUAACAAUACAUUUUAAAUACUGAGAAUAGAUUUUAGCUAUAUAAAGUCAUAUUAAUGAAUAAUAACAAUCAAUGCGAGGUAUAGAUUGACAUGCCCAUAGACUCUGCUGUAGAAUUUAUGUGAACAGUGACUCAGAAGCAGUAGGGGGCUACAUAUAUGUUAAUUUGAUA